GACAGUUUUUGAGGGUAUUUAAAUCUGAUGAUAAUGCUGUUGAAGACAGAUGCUACAAUAGGUAUGUUGAUAGAAAAAUUCACAUUAUCUUCUACUUUAGGCACCGUGAAAGGACGCAUAGCGAAUCCAUCUUCUAUAUGUAUCGUUACAUUGGGACAUAUGUUUGCCUCUUAUCAAUACUCAUUACCUGCAACUUAAAUUUCAUUUUCCAACACGGAAAGUCGAAUUUUGCAACUGCAAAUGUCCUUUUUUCUGCACCUCAACUAUCGGUUGUUACUGGUCUCAAAGCUCAUGCUUUGUUCCUGACAAUUCACGUGCAUCCCAGCGCGUCACCUCGAACUUGUUUCAAAUCCAUCAUGAAAAUCAGAGUA